AUGGCCAAGUGGGCCAAUCGGAUGCUACGGGAGUUGUUCACACAGGUAGAACUGGGAGAUCAAACUCCUUCACAGCUUAUGAGUCACAUGCGCUCAUUGCUAGCUGGUCGUCAUAUGGACGACGAUAUCUUUCGACAAAACUGGUUGGACAAGUUGCCGGUUCCCAUGCAACAAGUUUUGUCUAUGCUGGACACUAGCGUCUCUCUAGACAAAUUGGCCAAUCAUGCCGACAGGAUCAGCGAAUGUUACCCGGUCGGUGCGACAUGCACCAAUAUUCUACCGACCUCGGUGCCCGACAGAUCGGAUAGAGUAGCCAUCUCUUGUCCAGAAGGCACUCCUUCACUGGAACGUGACACUUGUGUGAACCGGUCGGCCUGUCGUUGCUCAUCACGCAGAGCCACCAUGCCAUCAGGUCAAUCAAGACCAUCUAACAGUCCUUACCGCGGCGAUUAUGACGACCUCAAAGAAACUGUACGUCUUUUGUGCACACAAGUGAGCACCAUGUGCACUGCUAUAAAUAGCGUACAGUCGACCAGAAACCGGUCACCCUCGCGCCGUCGUUCUAAAUCUCGGGAGGCCCCUCUACAACUCUGUGCUGGUAUCACCGGGUUUACGUUUCUAAAGCACGCAAGUGCAUUCCUCCCUGCACAUACCUGCAGGCCUCACCACAGGGAACCGACCGCGCCAGCCAGUUACGGCGACAGCUGCCGCUGGCCAGUAACGACCCAGUCGCCUCUUCUAUAUCAGUGACAAGACGAGCGGCCUCCGUUUUCUUGUCGAUACUGGUGCCGAAAUUUGUGUGAUCCCGCCUACAAGGCGCUACCAUCUCAAGCCUUCGCAGAUUUCAUUGCAGGCUGCCAAUAGCACCACCAUCAACACUUAUGGUCAACGGGCGCUCACACUUGACAUCGGUCUUCGGCGAUGUUUCCAGUGGGUCUUUGUGCAGGCCGACGUCAAAUCCCUCAUCAUUGGAGCAGAUUUCUUGACACACUUUGGCCUUGCAGUCGACCUCAAGCAUCGCAAACUUAUCGAUACCACAACUAGACUCUUUACCAUAGGAAUUGCUGCUUCUGAACUUUCGGUUAGCAUCCAAUCGACCGGACCCAGCUCAUCCUUCGCUGGCAUUUUGAAGGACUACCCGUCCCUCAUUAAGCCCUGGCAGUUCACUGCGAAAGUUCAACAUACGGUUAAACAUCACAUCAUCACCACGGGCCAACCUGUUCACGUUCAUCCUCGCCGUCUUCAUCCCAAAAAACUUCGGAUAGCAAGAAACGAAUUUGAGCAUAUGAUGAAUCUAGGAAUUAUUCGUCCUUCCUCCAGCCCAUGGGCUUCUCCACUCCACAUGUUACCCAAGAAAUCGACUGAUGAUUGGAGACCAUGCGGCGACUAUCGCGCUCUCAACAGAGCCACUGUUUCUGACCGAUACCCUAUUCCCCAUAUGCAUGAUUUUUCUCACAUGCUGGCUGAAAAAACCAUUUUUUCCAAAAUAGACCUCGUGAGAGCAUACCACCACAUUCCGGUCGAGGAAGAAGACAUCCCCAAGACCGCCGUCACAACGCCUUUCGGUUUGUUCGAAUUCCUUCGCGUGCCGUUUGGUUUGCGCAACGCGGCCCAAUCCUUCCAACGCUUUGUCGAUGACAUCUUGCGGGGUCUCUCAUUCACUUGUGUCUACAUUGACGACAUACUCGUCGCAAGUUCUUCGGCAGAGGAACAUGCCUCGCAUUUGCGCCAGAUAUUAGACCGUUUCCAACAACAUGGUCUGCAAUUAAACGUCAACAAAUGUAUUUUUAGCGUCUCUUCUCUAGAUUUCCUUUAUCACCACGUCGACCAGCAUGGAAUCACACCGCUGCUAGAGAAGGUGCAGAGCAUCCUGUCAUUCCCUGUCCCCAAGACCCUAACUCAGCUGCGGCGUUUUAUAGGUCUUCUCGACUAUUACAGACGUUUUAUCCCUCACUGUGCGGCGACCCUAGAUCCCUUAACUGACCUUCUAAAGUCUAAAGCAAAGCCCAUCGAACUUCCUCCAGCAGCUCACUCAGCCUUUGAGGCAAAUAGGAAAGCUCUUGCUGAUGCCACUUUGCUUCACCAUCUCAGCUCCAAUCCCCACGCACAGCUGAUCUUGACCAUUGACGCUUCCAAUAGUGCUGUCGGCACAGUCCUACAUCAACUGGUGAAUAACCAGUUGCAGCCAUUGGCUUUCUUUUCACAGAAGCUAUAA